AUGUUGUGUGUGCACUUCCCGAGCAUUGCACUAGUUGUUAGUGAAACCAAUUUGGAACAGGAAAGGCUCAAAGAACAUUUCGAUUGGUUUGUAAUGGUGCUACAGUCUCUCGAAGGCAUUUUUCAUUGUAGAUUUGAGGACUUAAAUCGACUGGAAUGCGAUGUCAACCUUUUUGUUACUCCUUUUGCAGUUAAUAUUGAAAAUGUGCCUUAUGAAAUUCAGUUGGAACUAAUUGACUUUCAGUGCAAUUGUAUGCUGAAGGAGAAGUUUCGCCCUGCAGAAACCUUGGAAAGCUACAAAUAUUUCCCACGUGGAUGGUUUCCAUUGUUAUUUAAAAUAGCUGCUCGUGUGUAUUGUUUUUUGGAACAACAUACCUGUGCAAAAGUGUUUUCUCCAUAA